AUGAAUUGGUUCACUAAUCUAUUUAAGGGUAAAACUAAACAAACUAAAAUGGUUGAAAAGGAUAAUAGGAAAUUCCGUGAACUUUAUGCUCACUUGAAUUAUCUAAUCCAAAAUGAGGGCAAAAAUAAAUCAGAGGCUCAAUUAGAAGUUCUUCAAGAGGUUAUUAAAGAGUUUAACCUCGACCGGCAAAGAAUAAUUGAACGCUAUGAGAGAGAUAGGAAGCAGUACAAAGAACAAGAAGAGCAAAGGCAUAUUAGUUUUGUUAAAUCAAUGAAAGAUAGCGAUAAAUUGAAAAAUCAACUCUAUCUUAUGCUAGAUGUUUGCAAACGUGAACUAGAAAUAAUGAAAUUAAACAAAGGUUUAAGUUUAAUUGCACUGCCUGAUGACAGAGAAGUGAUAUUGAAAAAAAUUGGCGAGUUAAAUAAGAUCAACAGUGAAAUCGAAAAAGUCCUUUUGAACAAAAAGAUUGAUGCGAAAAUUCAGAUUCUAGAAGACUACCAAGAAAAAGAAAAGGGAGAAUUUGCUAAAUACGUUAAAGAGCAUGGUUCUGAAUUAGAACGCGAAUUGUUAGAUUUGGUUUUUAUUCAAGAAAAGGUAUUCCGUGAUAGCAGACUAUUAAUUGAAAAAUUGAAAAAACAAAAUUUUCUUUUACAAAAGGAAAACAAGAGAAAAGAUCAUUCAAAUUAUAUCCUCACCAUUCUAGCUUGA